GGUUUUCUACCGCGCAGUGCCAGCCCCAGCGCCAGACCCGCGUCGCACUCUCUCCAGUCCGCUGCUUGCGUUCUGGCUCGCGAACCCUCACUCUUGUCCUGCCCCGUGCGCUGCCAGAGUAUGGAGCUGCUGUGCUGCGAGAAUAUCCAGCAGACACCCCGGGCCAAGCCGGACCCACAGCUGCUGGAGGACCAGCGUGUCCUGCAGACCUUGCUCCGCAUGGAGGAGCGCUACUUGCCUUGCGUCUCCUACUUCCAGUGCGUGCAGAAUGAGAUCAAGCCGCACAUGCGGAAGAUGCUGGCGUACUGGAUGUUGGAGGUGUGUGAGGAGCAACACUGUGAGGAGGAUGUCUUCCUCCUGGCCAUGAACUACGUGGAUCGAUUCCUGUCCUGUGUCCCCACCCGUAAGACGCAGUUGCAGCUCCUGGGUUCGGUCUGCAUGCUACUGGCCUCCAAGCUGCGCGACAGCAAACCCCUGACCAUCGAAAAACUGUGCAUCUAUUCUGACCACGCUGUCUCUCAUCGCCAGAUGCUGGACUGGGAGUUGCUGGUCCUGGGGAGGCUCAAGUGGGACCUGGCUGCUGUGAUUGCCCAUGACUUCUUGGCUCUAAUUCUGCACCGGCUUUCUCUGCCCAGCGACCGGCUAGCCUUGGUCAAAAAGCACGCCCAGACCUUUUUGGCCCUCUGUGCUACAGAUUUUGCCUUUGCCAUGUACCCGCCAUCCAUGAUCGCAACAGGCAGCGUUGCAGCUGCAGUGCAAGGCCUGGAUGCCUGUUCCAUGACCGCGGAUGAGCUCGCAGAGAUGCUGGCAGGGAUCACAGGCACUGAAGUGGACUGCCUGCGGGCCUGUCAGGAGCAGAUCGAAACUGCGCUCAGGGACAGCCUCAGGGACAGCCGGUCCAACUCCAGCCCUGUGCCCAAAGCCCUCCGGGCUUCCAGCAGCGAGGGGCCCAGCCAGACCAGCACUCCCACAGAUGUUACAGCCAUCGACCUGUAGCCCUGGAGAGGCCCCCUCAAGUGGCCACCAAAAGCAGGGGAGGGGACACUGCCCCACCCCCCCUGCUCUCCAAGAAUGAAUGGUGCCACGUCUGAAGCCUGAGGGGGCUCCCAUUCACCCCUCUUAAAGCCUAAGGGGCCAGGUCCUACCUAUCCCUGCAUUGUGCACUAAGGGGCCAGGCCAGCGGUGUUUGGGUGGCUGGUCAAGCUCCUCUUCCUCCUCCCUGUAUCUGAACAGCUCCUUCCCCAACUCCAGCUAGGGGUGGUCAGGGCUGGUCGGAGACUGAAUUGAAGCAGGUAAAAUACAAGCACCAGCAUUCCUUUUUGAGGUCCCUUUCUCUCCGGGGCUUUCACAUGUUCUCGGCUGCCAAAAUGCCCCAGUGCCUUCUAAGGGUGUUGCGCCUUCUAGGGUUAUUGCAUUUGGAUUGAGGUCCUUCUGAAGAUGCAAUUUCAGACGUUCUGAUAGACACAUGAGGGGAAACAGUCUGGACAGCUCCUCUCACCACACUUUGGAAGCAUCUGCAUAAUCCAUGCUCACAGCUGCUCCUAGAGAAGGGCCUAGGCCUUAGGCAGAGGGGCAACAACCAAUGAAUCCUCCUUGCUAUGCUUUUCCACUCAGCUGCUCCUGUGUGAUUGAGGGGGGUCAGUGCUGAAGGAAGAGGUUGUUUUAAUUUAUUAAUUGCUUUGAGUACAACUGUGAGGAGGGUGUGGUGGGGCCCGUCUACCCCACAAGUGGUGGUGACCCUGGUGGUUGCUGUAUCCCUCCCCUCUGCUACUGGCUAGAGAAUCUUUGUGGCCAAGGAGCUGCUACAACCUGAGGUGGGGCUAUGCCCUUCUCUCCCUUUGGCCCUCUGCCUGGAGGAUGAGGCAGGGAUGCCCUGGAGGUGGACGAGCCCCCUGCCUGGAGAGGGAGGCAAGCCCUUUUGACACAGGUCUUUCUUAUGGCCACAAGGUGCAGGCUGGUAGCCCAGGACCAUCAUGCUAUCUCAAUAAAGAUUCUGGAAUAAAAUUGACCUUGGCUUCUUGGAUUGGAUGGUUUUGUACCUAAAAGCCUAUUUCUAGGAUG